AUGGCGUCUGUGCAAAGUGCUCCCGGAAAUAAGCAAUGGCCGGCUCGACCUGCAGUUCAACAUCAGAAUAGUCAAAACCCCGCAAGUCUUACCUUAAAUAGAACAAUAAAUCUAUAUCCUCUAACUAAUUACACUUUUGGUACCAAAGAACCUUUAUUUGAAAAAGAUGCAUCUGUACCGGCUCGAUUUCAACGAAUGCGUGAAGAGUUUGGUAAAAUUGGAAUGAGAAGAUCUGUGGAAGGUGUCCUUUUAGUUCAUGAGCAUGGUUUACCUCACGUUUUGCUGCUGCAGCUUGGUACUGCUUUCUUUAAGCUGCCUGGUGGAGAGUUAAACCCAGGAGAGGAUGAGAUUGAGGGUCUGAAAAGGUUGCUGACAGAGACUCUAGGCAGACAAGAUGGUGUGAAACAAGAGUGGGUGAUUGAGGAUACCAUAGGUAACUGGUGGCGUCCGAACUUUGAACCCCCACAAUAUCCGUACAUUCCGCCACACAUAACAAAACCAAAGGAGCAUAAACGACUGUUCCUCGUUCAGCUCCAGGAUAGAGCACUUUUUGCAGUGCCAAAGAACUACAAACUUGUAGCUGCACCAUUAUUUGAACUGUAUGAUAAUGCCCAGGGUUACGGUCCAAUUAUCUCCUCGCUAUCACAAAGCCUAUGCAGGGGUGCAGGCCCUUAUAAUUUAACAAGAUAUUUAAAAUCAGCUCAUCCCCUUGUCCUAGCUGGGAUUCAGGAAAAUCGUACUAAUACUAAUGAUAAUAAUCGUAAUGAUACUAGUGUUGCUCAAUCUCUUUCACCUGUGAUUCCAUCUACGUCUCAAGGUGAGUCGUCUUCCGCCUGUCCCGAUGGUUCCACUCAAUUUGUACGAGCUACUCCCGUUCCGAAUCGUCGUCCUCUAGAUUUUAACCAAAAUAAUAAUAUCAAUCAAUAUUUUGCAAAACUGCUGUCAUUAAAGAAAACUGAAACCAUUAAUAAGUUGCUCCUUCAAAUGAUUGUCAAAAAUUAUUUGCCUUUCACAAUCGUCGAAAGCGAUUCAUUUAGAGCAUUUAUAAAAGAAUUGUGUCCUUCGUAUGUUGCUCCCUCAAGAAAGACGCUAUCAAAAGCUUUAUUACUAAAAUAUUACAACAUCGUAAGAGAAGAUGUGACAAAAUUACUAGAACAAGCGGAAUAUGUUGCCUUAACUACGGAUGCCUGGACUUCUGCUUCUCAUCAUCAGUAUGUUGCUGUAACAGCACAUUUUGUUGAAAACGGCAAAAUUAUGGCGGUAAUGUUAGAAUGCAUUCCAGACGCACAACGCCAUACCGCACAGAACUUAGCUGAUUUAAUCAAAAAAAUUUGUACCGAAUGGAAUGUUAUUGAAAAAGUAGUUUCAGUUACUGCUGACAAUGCUAAUAACAUCCAAGCUGCCAUUUCUUUAUUAAAAUGGAAGCAAGUACCGUGUUUUGCUCACACAUUAAAUUUAAUUGUUCAAGCAGGUUUAACAGAAAUUAAGGCAAUUCAAAUUAAAGUUAAAAGCAUUGUGGAACUUUUCCAAAGAAGUAUUUUGGCUAGUGAGCGCUUAACAGCCAUGCAAAAGCAGCUAGGGGAAAAACAGCUAAAAGUGAAACAAGACGUCAUAACACGGUGGAACUCUACGUUCGAUAUGUUCGAGAGGAUUUUAGAGAUAAAAAGAAGUGUGAUUUCCACCAUUGCAACCGAUUAUCCCAACACGCCAAAUUUGACCCCCGACGACAUAGAAAUUUUGUCAAAAUGUUGUGAUUUGUUACGACACUUUAAAUCAGUAACUGAAAUUAUGAGUGCAGAAAAGCAUGUAACUGUAUCGCAAAUAAUAGUUUUAGCGAAUUUGCUCAAAAAAAAGUGCGAGGCGUUCACCACUCAAGACAUUCCCCAAACAGUAAUUGAAAUGGCGAAGCGGUUCGUUACUGACAUAUCAGUACGGUUUAGAAAUGUAGAGGAUAACAAAUUAUUUGCCGUAAACAUCCACUCUCAAGACGAGAUCAUAUCAACGCUGUCUCAAUUCCAGAGUGAGAUAUGCGUUAAAUUCUUCUACACACCAUAUAACUACAGUGUUAAUGAGAAAGAUAAAAUUCUAUACAUCAGUAACCCUGAAAAGAUUAAGAAUUGUCCACCAAGUGUCUACAACUUUAGCGGCAACGUUGUUGAUGAAGAUCCCUCUCGCCCCUCACUACUAUCCCCAUCCGAUAGGAACUUCAUCAACGCCCACUACCACGAAGAAUGUAAUGCUCAAUCACAAAGAUCAAUUGCGUCAAGAAGACAAGGUGGAGCCAGCCUGGAGCCAAUGCAGUUGACCCCUGAAAAUCUGAAGUACUACAAUGACAAGCUCUGGCCCUUAGGUAUCGUCAUGUAUGGAGUGGAAGAAAAGCUUCAAAAUACCCCCGAAUACGUUGCCCUCAAAUACGCAAUGAUAUCCAUCGAGUGGUUAAGCUGUGUGGUCUUCCAAGAGAUUCGGACAGGGGACGGUAUUCUAAAACCUAAGAACUACCUCUGGUUCACAAACGACGGGGAAGAGACGCCCAGACUUGGAUUUUUUAGUGGAAAGCAGACCAUAAACCUGGAGUCUAUGGUACACGGAACUCCGGGCCACAACGCACACGCAUUGGUUAACUUGAUGCGGGCUCUUGGAGUUCAUAUGAUGUCAAAUCGCUUUGACAGGGACAACUAUGUUGAAGUGAACUGGAUGAAUGUUCAUAAAGGUAAAGAACACUAUUUAGAGAAAGCUCCAGUAGAGGCUUGGGUGCAAAUGCCAUACGAUUUCAAGAGUGUGACCCACGCUCCACCCAACUACAUGUGCGGAUCUUGUGAACUGGGAGAACAGAGUGUUAGACCAUUACGGGAUCACCUAUGGCAAAGAACUCUCUCGAUGGGUCGUAAUAUAGAUCUCAGUGAAUCAGACAUUAAAUUGCUCGAGUUGCUUUAUAAUAAUCAGUGCCGAGAACGCGUCUUUUCCAAUGACUAUCCUUAUCUGACAAAUAAAAAACAAGGAGCUUAA